GUAAGAGCAGGGACAGAAAGAGGAAGGGGCACUGGAACUACCCACACAAGCUCCUCACACAUCCUAAGAGAGAUGUCUGGAGGGAUAUUUUCUCCCCUGGAAACUCUACAUGACUUGGAUAAGGCUCACUGCCACCCGCUGGCCUGUUUCCUGUGCCAUGAACAAUAUGAACAUCCCUGUCUGCUGGACUGUUACCACAACUUCUGUGCAAGCUGUCUCCGCGGACGGGCCAUAGACAACCGACUGACCUGUCCUCUCUGCGGACAGCAAUCCAUAGUAAAAGGAAACAAUGGUUUACCGCCGGUAGACAAACUAUUGAAGUUCCUGGUGGAUAGUUCCGCUGACUCUGAGGAGGUCAUACUGUGCUCUAACUGUGACCUGGAGUUCAAGAAACAGGAUGGUGACCUGAUGUAUUACUGUAACACCUGCAAUCAGCCGCUGUGUGCUAGGUGCAGAGAUGAAACACAUAAAGCGAAAAUGUUCUCCUGCCAUGACAUUGUCCCACUGAGUAAACGUGUAAAGGAUAUACACAAGAAGUGCUCCUUGCACGAGGAACCCUACAUCAUGUUUUCCACUGAGAAGAAAUCAAUGCUUUGCAUCAACUGUUUCCGUGACAUGCAAGUAGAAAGCCGCGCUCACUGCAUUGAUAUUGAGACCGCUUACAUACAAGGGUGUGAGAAGCUGGAUCAAGCUGUAAUGACAGUGAAAGAGCUGCAGACUUCAACAAGAGAAGCAAUUAUUCUCCUGAAAGCUUUGAUUGAAGAGGUUCGGAACAGCGCAGAUGAUGAGGAGAUGUCAAUCAACACCCUCUUUACCAGCAUGCAGGAAAAUCUGGCAGAGCGGAAGAAGGUUCUCCUGAAAGCGGUCCAGUGUCAGUAUGAAGAGAAGGAGAAAGCUUUCAAAGAUCAACUUUCUCACCUGGCAUCCCUGCUGCCCACUCUACAAGUCCACCUUGUCACCUGUUCUGCUUUCCUGAGCUCCGCUAACAAGGCCGAGUUCCUGGACUUAGGAUAUCAACUGAUGGAACGGCUGCAGAAAAUCGUGAAACUCCCUCACCGCUUGCGCCCAUCACAGAGCAGUAAGAUCAAUACAGAUUAUGGAGCGGAGUUUGUGCGAUGUCUAGAACCGCUGCUGAUGUUAAACCUGCGUCGGGCUGGCAGUGUGAGUGGCAGUUGUGGGGCCGCAGGACACGGAAAUUGCAGCAUGAUUUCCGGUGGUCAAUGUUCAAAGACGUUAAUAAUACCUGGAUGUACCACCUCCUGCGAUAAAAUGUCCAUCGCCGGAUCCAUUGUUCGGAAACCUACCAUGCAUCGCUAUAUAAGUACAAAAGUCCUGCUGGCAGAAGGAGAAGACAAUCCAUUUACUAAACAUUGCCGCAAUUACGAAGACAUGUACAGGGCCAUACAGUUAGAGAUACAGAACCUGAAGGACCAAGUCCAGGAGCUUCACCGAGACCUUACAAGGCACCAUUCCCUUAUCAAGACUGACACCAUGAGUGACAUUAUCCAGAAAUCUCUCCAGGUGGAUGUACAGAUCACUUCAGAAUAUUCAUCAGUAGAAAUGAUGAGGACGGCAUUCGAGGAGAUUUGGGAGGAAACCUAUCAGAGGGUUGCAAAUGAGCAGGAGAUUUACGAAGCUCAGCUACAUGACCUCCAGCAAUUGAAGCAAGAGAACAGCUACUUAACGACAAUUGCAAAGCAGAUUGCACCAUAUGUACGAUCCAUUGCCAAGGUUAAAGAGCGACUGGAACCCAGACUGAAAGAGCCGAUAGAGGCGAAGGGCGAUGUACCGGAGAAGAUAUUUGAAGAGUCUUUAAUGACAGAGAUAUGUAGCAGGAAUGACGUAACCGUUUGCAUGGAAGAUCAGAAUGAGACAAUGCUGGAGCUGAAAGCGGAUAACCGGACGUCAAACCUGCUCAGCGAUGACCCCUUGGUGAAAAGCAAAGAGCAACACAAGCUGCGGCAGAAUGUUACAGGCCGGAAAGGGUUAAGCACGAGGGAAAACGUGUAAAAAAUGUUUGGACAAAAUGCUGUUGGUUUGUGUCUUGAAUGUUAAAUUGAGUUUAUUAUGAAGAAAUUAAUUCUGUUUAUAGGUCAAAGUAUUCGCACUGGUGAGCUGAACUUAGUACAACCAAAAUUCUAGGUAUUCUUAAAUUGAUCUCAUUUACACAGUGAAGGCAGACAUUUUGUAGGCAGAGCCAAUGUCCUGAGUAUGCAGCCAAUGAAAGCGCUAUGAUCCAGUUUGGGGUAUAUUCACAGUGGCAGUGAUGUCACUGAUUCCUGGUUUUGUCACUGUGUGAAAAGGAUUGAUCACAUCAAUGAAAGAAUGAUGUAGCGAGUCAUUAUCUUUAUGUACAACCCAUUAUAAUGUUUAUUGUGUAUUUAUGACAGUGUAAGUCUUUGUGCUUCUCUGAUCACUCCUCUAUCCUACAAUGUUUCUUACGUUUGUUUUUUAAAACAUUGAAAAACUUGCUCUAAAAAUACUUUAUGCUUUAUAUAUGCACAUGACAAAUAAAGUCUUUAGAUACUCAACUGGAAAGCAAAUGAGACUGCAUCUUUCACCAUAAAUCAAUAUUUACUGAGACAAUAUUAUCAAGCUAUUAUAUACAACGCAA